AACGCGCACGGUGCACAGCAGGACUCUACCCCGCUGAUGCGCGCUUCGACAGACAGUUUGACGUGCGGACUUCACCAAGUUGGAAGUGCGAGAUCAUCUGCAACUUUAUCUGAGUUUACCUAAACGCAAAAGGUUCCAAAGGUUCAUCAUGGGAAAUCGCUUCAGCAGAGGGCAAGACGCCCCGGCCAACAGUGCUGCUGCCAGUGCAGCGAAGCCAGCAGCUCCACAGCCAGCAGCUCCACAACCAGCAGCUCCACAACCAGCGCAAGACUCUGGGAUAGCUCAGGCGCAGCAGGCCGUCAAGACAGAGAAUCUAGAAAUUGUGGUGGGGGAGCCAGUGACACCAGUGGCGUGUUUACCCAACGAACCAUGUAUAUCAAUGUGUUACGCCACAGACCCAGCUCCAGUCAUGCCUGAGCCUCAGAUCUCAUUCAGCGAACCAUCACCUCCAGAAAUAAAACCUGUUGCCGAAGCUCAGCUUGCUCCAGAACCAACUCCAGAGCCCGUUCCUGAACCAGAGCCAGUUUCCGAACCAGAACCAGAACCAGUUCCCGAACCAGAGCAAGUUCCUGAACCAGAGCCAGUUCCCGAACCAGAGCCAGUUUCCGAACCAGAACCAGAACCAGUUCCCGAACCAGAGCAAGUUCCUGAACCAGAGCCAGUUUCCGAACCAGAGCCAGUUCCCGAACCAGAGCCAGUUUCUGAACCAGAGCCAGUUUCCGAACCAGAGCAAGUUCCUGAACCAGAGGCAGUCCCCGAACCCAUCUCAGAGUCAGUACCAGCCCCAGCUGAUGCUCUGGAGUCUCUCCCUGAGCCAGUGAUUCCUUCACCUGUUUUGAUCGACCUAGCUGUCCCUGAUGUGACCCCCGAACCUAUUGACACUCCUCCAGCUCUCAUUACAGCCGAGGUUAAUGCAGACGAGCCCUCAGACAUUCUGAUGACCGAACAGUCUGUGGAAAAGCUGAUGGAUGGGGAGGCUGCAAUGAAUAUGGAGCAGCUUGUGAGUGAUGUCAACGAGGAAAGUGUUUGUGGACUGCUGAAGGGCUUAGAGCUAAAAGGAAAUGACCUUGUCACAGACCUCAUUCCCACUGAUGACAAGAUCCCUGAUGGCAUGAGCAUGUCCACUGAGCUGAUGUGAAACCACGGAAGAGUAAACAAGUGAAUGGAUAUUUUUUCCGUGAAACCCUCUUAACCCCUUACAUGAAUUCUGAAAGAAUCACAGAUGCAAUGUUUUUUUCCUCACUUAAGUAGCCUAAUAAAGGCAAACAGUUAUUUCUCUUUCUAAAUGAACCAAUGUGCCAAAAGAAAAAAGGUGUAUUGGUGGGGCUUCAACAGCACAGGGGUUAUGAGUGUACUUAAGUGUAUUGCUGGACAACAGAGAUCUUCCUCUAUGCAAUUUCGCCAAGCGAGAAUUUUAAUGGAUUUCUUUAAGUGAAAAAAAAAGCCAUUGCUAUAUAACAACACCCGACAGAAGAGGUUUGAAGGGAAGGUCUUUCAUGGGGAUCAAGUACAAAGCGAAAAACGUUUUUGAGGUGGAUAUGCGAGUUUACAGCACUACAUAACUGAAUGCAAAACGACAGUGAAAUGAAGGCAAGGAACAUUAGCAAUGCAGCCAAAGAUUGAGACAGUAUACGCAUACAGCUAUAUAGCAGGAUACAAGUGUCCAAUUAGCAUUUAUGCCUUAACAUAACCAUGUUUGGACUUUGUCAUACUCCUAUCUUUAUUGUGUUUUCAGUACAAUAAUGAGAUUUUUUUAACCCAAGUAGUGGCUUGCUUGUGAAAAUAAAAAUAUUACUCUACAUGUGA